CAAGGUGAAAAAGUAGAUGCUUCGUAGUGUUUUUGAAACUAUAGGACAGGUUUAUCAGGUUUGGAAUUUAGUUUAAAUUAGUUCGCUACAUUUUUAAGUAUUUAACAUAGGUACGGCAAAUUAAAGAAAUAUAGAACAAUUCAAACUUUGUGUACUUAUUAAAAACGUAAAUAGUGAUUUCGCGUGUGAUUUCGCAGUAUUUGAAAUUCAAUUUCGAGAAUAUUUGUACUUAAAAUGGGUUUACUAAGCGAAGGAAGUCCUUUAUCAUGGGAAGAAACCAAAAAACUAUCACCACAUGUUCGCAAACACGGCAUUGAGCAAUUUAUUAAUUUGUAUCAUCGUCUUAAAGAUAGAAAAGGAGAUGUUUUAAAAUGGGGCGAUGAGAUUGAAUACAUUCUUGUUAAAUUCGAUGAGCAGAAAAAAAAGGCACAAGUUUCCUUGAGAGCUCAAGAAAUUUUAAAUAUUUUAAAUCAAAAAGAGCAGAAUGAUCCUGAAGGUGUUAAAUCUUUGUGGAGGCCUGAAUAUGGUGCCUAUAUGAUUGAAGGAACGCCCGGAAAACCUUAUGGUGGAUCUUUAGCUCAUUUUAAUGUUGUUGAGGCCAAUAUGCGUUAUAGAAGACAAGAAGUAUCUGCCUUAUUGCACCCUGACGAAUCGGUAAUUUCAUUUACAAAUUUUCCCCGCUUAGGAUGCGAUAAGUUUACUUAUCCAGAAUAUGAUACAACUCCAGACGAUGAAUCAUCUGCAGCAAGAUCAUUAUAUUUCCCUGAUGAAGCCAUUUAUCCUGGUCACCCAAGAUUCAAAACUUUAACUCGCAAUAUUAGAAUGAGAAGAGGAGAAAAAGUUGCUAUUAAAUUACAGGUAUUUAAAGAUAAAAAUACAAAAAUCCCUGUUGAUGGCAGUCCUUUAGGCGAACCAAGUACAGUAUUAUUAGAUGCUAUGGGUUUUGGGAUGGGCUGUUGUUGUUUACAGUUAACUUUUCAAGCCUGUUGUAUUGAAGAAGCUCGUACUUUGUAUGAUCAACUGACACCGCUAUGCCCAAUAAUGCUAGCUUUUACAGCAGCGUCUCCAGCUUACAGAGGUUAUCUUACAGAAUCUGAUUGCCGAUGGAACGUAAUAAGUGCAUCAGUUGAUUGCAGAACUUCUGGAGAAAGAGGUGAAACUGCCUUAAAAGGAGGAGAAAGGAGAAUAUAUAAAUCGCGCUACGAUUCUAUAGAUUCUUAUUUAUCUUCUGAAGGAGAAAAGUAUAAUGAUGUUUCUUUGAUAUAUGAUGAAACUCUUUACAAUCGUUUAAGAGAAGGAAAUAUCGACCAUUUGUUGGCACAACAUAUUGCACAUUUAUUCAUUAGAGAUUCGGUUUCACUAUUUAGUGAAAAAGUUAAUCAAAACGAUGAAGAAGAUACAGACCAUUUUGAAAAUAUUCAAUCAACUAACUGGCAAACUAUGCGGUUCAAACCCCCACCGAUAAAUUCAUCAAUCGGUUGGCGAGUUGAAUUUCGGCCAUGUGAACUACAGUUAACUGACUUCGAAAAUGCAGCUAUUGUUUGUUUUGUUGUUUUAUUAACGAGAGUUAUUUUAUCUUACAAAUUAAACUUUUUAAUUCCUAUUAGCAAGGUGGAUGAAAAUAUGCAAAAGGCGCAAAAACGUGAUGCAUGUCGCGCUGAAAAGUUUUGGUUCAGGAAAAAUGUUGACAAUUCAAGCAAUGUAAAAUCUGAGCAAAAUACUUUUGAAUAUGCCAAACAAAGUGAAACGGAAGAAGAAUAUGAAGAAAUGACUAUUGAUGAAAUUAUAAAUGGAAAACCGAAAACGUUUCCCGGUUUAGUACCACUGAUCCAUAGUUAUUUGCAGUCGAUGGACGUAGAUGCUGACACACAUUGUACAAUUCAACAAUACUUGCGCCUAAUCCAAAAGAGAGCAUCUGGUGAACUCUUAACAACUGCAACGUGGAUACGUAAGGAGAUCUUAAAUCAUUCUGACUAUAAAGGUGAUUCUGUUGUUACUGAAUUGAUCAAUUAUGAUUUACUUAAAAAGGCAAAAGAUAUACAAGAAGGACGGAUAGUGGUUCCUGAACUUUUGGGAUUCGGAAAUAAUUCCAAAACAAAAGAUGACAUUCCUUCUGCUAUAGAAAAAUAUUUAAGUGUAAAUGGUUGUUGUAAUUAGUUCAAAAUUAAUUGAAAUAUUCUUAUAAAUUUGUAAGAUACAUAAGUUAUGUUUACGAUUGUUUUCAUUAAUUUUAAAACAAUGUUAAAAAGAAGAACUAUUAAACAUUUUGUUCAAAAAAAAAAAAUCAUUUUACAAAAAAAAAUGUUAUUUUUGCAAUAUUUUUAUAAACUUAAUUUUGUGUACAACUAGUUGUUAUUUGUGAUAAAAUUAAUACAUAAAUUUAUAUAAUAUAUAACGGGAGACUUAAAUUUGUUAAUCUGUCGUUAGGAUACUAAAUAUUUAAUAUACAUUUUUACUUUUUACUUUUUAUUAAUUUUCUUAAAUGAAAAAGAACAAAAAAAUUAUAUUUGUCGUUUAUAAACAAGUUUAAUUAAUAAAG